AUGGACUCCACGCCAUCGACGCGACGUCUGCUCGACGGCGUGGCGGUGUGGGUCUUACGCCCCUCGAUUCAGCCAUCGUUGUCGCCUAGAAGUGAGCCCGACUCACUCGACUCACCGCUUGAUCUCCACACAGGCGGGGUCGGUCAUCGCCUCGGGGCUGGUCGUGACGGCGGUCGACGCGGCGGCCGCGGCGAUGAACGUCGACUCGCACUGGGGUUUCGUGCUGGUCGCCGCGGCAGUCGCCUCGGGCUUGACGGCCCUCAUCGUCUUUGCUCUCGAGCGGCUUGUGCCGUCCUGCGCCGCGCCGCGCCUGCCGGUGGCCGAGCCGGUGUACUCGGCGGACGCGGUCUACGACCAGGUACGCGAGUCGACCGUACUCGCUGUGGACCACGCGAAGCACGCGGUGGGCAUGGCCUGA